AUGGCCAAGCGGCUCGCGUUCUACGGUCCUCUGAUCCACUCCCUCUCUUCCGACCAGAUCGAGAUCAUGGAUAAUGCACUCGUUGUGGUCCAGGAUGGUACAAUAGUCUACUUGCAGAAGGACGUGCUAAGAAUUCACGUUGAAGGCAUCUUGACCCGACUCAAGCUUGGCCCCGACGUAAGGCUCAGACAUCUUUCACAGGGAGAAUUUCUCAUCCCAGGGUUCGUCGAUACCCACAAUCAUGCGCCUCAAUGGGCGAUGCGUGGGCUCGGUCGAGGUCUUCAAAUUUUGGAAUGGCUUGACCAGGUCACGUUUCCCAACGAAGCCAAGUUCACAGACCCAGAGUACGCACGAAAAGUCUAUACCGACUGUGUCGAUGGUUUCAUCCAGCAGGGGAUCACCACAGUUUCCUAUUACGGAUCUCUACACGGAGAAGCUACCAAGAUCCUCGCAGAUAUCUGCCUGGCUAAAGGACAGCGAGCUUUCGUUGGGAAGUGCAAUAUGGACCGGAACGCACCAGAUUACUACAAAGAUCUUGACACUGAGGAAUCGCUGCGUGUCACAGAGGACUGUAUUGCGCAUAUUCGCUCGAUAGAUCCCAAAUCAGAACUCGUGACCCCCAUCUUGACCCCCCGGUUUGCCAUCUGCUGCAACGACGGCCUCCUGGCAGGCUUGGGAGAGAUAGCGAAACGCAAUCCCGACCUGCCGGUACAGACACACUUCAACGAAGCGCAGCAAGAGAUAGACUCCACACUUGGCCUCUUCCCGGAAUUCACUAACGAAGCAGACCUGUACGAACACUUCGGACUGCUGUCACAACGAUCCAUCCUAGCUCAUUGUACUCACAUGACCGACUACGAGAUGGUCAAGCUGCGAGAGCUGGAUUGUGGCGUGGCCCACUGUCCCAUUGCAAAUACCACUGUCGGUGGGGGCUUCAUGGCUGCCCCUAUCAGAGAGUUCCUGCGCCGGGGCAUCAAGGUUGGGCUAGGAACAGACAGUGGUGGUGGAUUCUCGUCAAGCAUCUUGGACGCCAUGCGUCAGGCGUUCAUUGUAUCGAAUGCGAAAGAGUUGAUGACGCAGGGUAAAGACCCAAGCCUGUCACUGGAGGAGUGCUUCUAUAUGGCUACGCUGGGAGGAGCCAGAGUUUGUUGCUUGGAUGAGCAGAUUGGCAAUUUCCAGAUUGGCAAGCAGUUUGACGCUCUGGUGAUCAGUACAGCCAAGCAAGUGCGCCCAACGGCUCUUACGAUGAUGGAGGAAGGAGAUUCUUUGAAGAUGACCUUUGAAAAGUUUCUGAUGAGUGGCGACGACCGGAACAUCAAGGAAGUAUACGCAAGGGGUCGAUUGAUAGGUUCUCAGCAAUGA